AUGAACGCAUCGAUAUGGUGGCGUAAAUUUGUUCGGUUGUUACAAGAUAUUGAGCUCGAAGAACUGUUCCAAACCGUCAGUCGCUAUCCAAAACGCAAAUUGCUCAUCAUUAUAUGUGCGAUAAUAUUCGUCGUAUACUGUUUGGGUAUUUCAACCGGAUCGGGAUCCGCCUCACCAGCUGCAAAAUGUGUUAUGGAACGAUUUAAGAACUGGGAUAUAGCUGUUCAGGACAUGUCUAUCGGCAUUGAUGAGAAUGUGGUGAAGUUUGCUGGGAAUGGACAUGUAGGCAUCGAUGUAGACGAAGAAUUACGGCUCUCUUCCAAUGGAUCAAAGAUCCUUGACUUUGCCACUGGCUUCAAGCCCCUUGUCCACGUGAAUGUUGUUGGUGGUGGGUCCUCCGCGGAGUCCACCUUCACAGAGUUUAUCAUUGGAAGGGUUAGAAACAUUAAAUGUUUUGCAGUGGACGGUGAGUGUAUGUGUGUUUUUCGCACACAUUAUGUCCACAGAACAAGGAGAGAAUUGAUAGUAGAGGAGGUCAAAGUGGUAAACCCUACGAAAUCGCCAGUAACGGUACAAAUUACUCGGCCAGAGCCUAUAGGUUGGACCGCGAACAAGACUGGCGACACUAUGGUGUACACCAAGACGUUCCCUUUACAUGGGUCUUCCUUAUCCUCAGCAGUCAUCUGCUCAAGUGCUCCUGGAGAAUACACGGUAGCAAGAAAAAGAGAGGAGACGUUGCGAUUUGUUUGCGUGGUCGAACAGCGAGAGUUGUCCAGUAACAUGGCGAUGGAUACUACUCCUGUUGUCCAUGAACUCGCAAGGGUUGUGGUCUCGAAGUUCAGUCUUCUGAAUAAGAUGGUGCCUCUUUCUGUCGAUGCAGAACACGACAACGCAUGGAAAAAGCUGAAUUCACCCACAUUUUACCUGUCUUUAUCGAAAGCUCCAAAUGUUCUUAACGGUGCCCAAAUCAAUGCUACGAAGUACAUCUUACUUAGCAAUACUAAAGCACCGCUUUUGGAAGAAGCUUUUCCCGAGGAUAAGAGAAAGGCUAUGGAGUUAUCUGCGAGACGAAACGAGCGAUGUUAUAGCGAACAUUCGACACUUUUAUAUCCGUCAAAAUUGUGGCAUGACUGGAUUCAUAUAGAGGAUCUUCUAAGGAUGGCUGAUAUAUGGAUACUGACUCUCGAGAAAAGAGGAUGUGCUGCUAUGCUUAAAGCAGGUGCAACGGGACUUGUUCAGGCGUUCGUGUUGUCGCUUUCCGGUGCUUCGUACCACGAUUCACAUCUGGAAGUUGCGCUAUCAGUUUCUGAUUUGCAUCGCGAAUUAGCGUUUAGUGGAGUGCCUAUAGGGGUCGGAGUUGGUGAAGCUAGUGCUCGAGUGCGAAUAGAUGAAGAGAAUACACCGUAUUUUGAGGUAUCGGCAACAGGAACGUUGUAUGCUUGUGGAGGAGGAUGUUUGGACGAGCCCAUAACAUUAACCAAAACACCCGCAAAAAUGGAAAUCAAGGUAACCAAACCAGAAACAGCUAUUUUAUAUAUAGCAACUAGUCGAAGGCACCUGGAGCAGUUGAGGUCAACGAUUCAUGUAUCGGAGGUGAUGUCUGCGCCUGCUCAUGAGAGUCAGCUUUUAGCGCUUCAUCGGCAUGGAUCAGCUAUCGGAGGGCUUCCAAUGUGGUUUUGGUUCUUCCUUGUCACUCUUUUGAUUGCAUUCCAUGCCUUCUUGGCCAAGGUACUUUGGUCCGAAUGGCGGAAAGGUGAUAUGACGCCAUAUAACCCCUAUCUGAGAAGUCGGUACAGUUUGAAUCGUUCUCACUAGUUCUGAAGCCACUGCGCAGACAUGCUUCACAUUCUAAUUUGCACUCAGGAAGGCGAGUGCCUUAGGAGCUAAUGAGGCUAGGGUGAUUGUGUUUGAAAUGAGAAAAGAACACUUAUCUGUGUAAAGUUGCUGUUCAACCCUGGUUAUCACCUGCACGCUUGUUCAUACACCAUAUUCAAUAUUCAAUUCCAUUUCUGAGCGUGUAACUGACAGUUAUUGUUGUUUUGUACGUGUAUGUAAUUAAAAGUCUUAAUAAUUCCAAAUAUGCCUUGCAACGGAUCGCUUCCACACAUGUUAUACGGUAUUGCCAACCGAAACACUUGUAGUCGUUUUGUAUGUACGGUUAUGCUUGUGCAAAUUUUUUUUCAUCAAAUAAAUUUUUAUCUCCACUG